AUGGAGCAGAGCCCAGCAUCGACCAUGGAGCUCAAGGAUAACACAGUUAUUGUGGUCCUUGGUGCCUCCGGCGACUUGGCCAAGAAGAAGACUUACCCCGCGCUCUUCGGCCUUUACCGCAAUCAAUUCCUGCCCAAAGAUGUCAAGAUCGUUGGAUAUGCCCGCACCAAAAUGGACCAUGAGGAGUACCUGCGCCGGAUCAAGUCGUACAUGAAGACACCCACCAAGGAGAUUGAGCAGCAAUUGGAGGACUUCUGCGGCCUUUGCACCUAUAUCUCAGGCCAGUACGACAAGGAUGAGUCUUUCCAGGCUCUAAACGAUCACCUCGAGAAGCUCGAGGAGGGCCGCUCCGAGACCAACCGUGUCUUUUACAUGGCGCUGCCUCCCAGUGUCUUCACAAUCGUAUCGCAGCACCUGAAGAAGAACUGCUAUCCCACCAAGGGCAUUGCUCGUGUCGUCGUCGAGAAGCCCUUUGGCAAGGAUCUGGCUAGCUCGCGCGAACUCCAGAAAUCGCUUGAGCCCGACUGGAAAGAGGACGAGCUAUUCCGCAUUGAUCACUACCUUGGCAAGGAGAUGGUGAAGAACAUUCUCAUCCUCCGCUUUGGCAACUCCUUCUUGGGCGCCACCUGGAACCGUCAGCACAUCGACAACGUCCAGAUCACGUUCAAGGAGCCCUUCGGCACCGAGGGUCGCGGUGGCUAUUUCGACGAGUUUGGUAUCAUCCGAGACGUCAUGCAGAACCACUUGCUGCAGGUGCUGACCCUCUUGACGAUGGAGCGUCCCAUCUCGUUCAACUCGGAGGAUAUUCGCGACGAGAAGGUUCGCGUUCUCCGCCACAUGCCCGCCAUCGAGCCUAAGAAUGUCAUUAUCGGUCAGUACGGCAAAUCGCUCGACGGGAGCAAGCCCUCGUACAAGGAGGACGACACUGUUCCCCAGGACUCGCGAUGCCCGACCUUUUGCGCUCUCGUUGCCUACAUUAAAAAUGAGCGAUGGGACGGCGUGCCUUUUAUCAUGAAGGCUGGCAAGGCCCUCAACGAGCAAAAGACAGAGAUCCGGAUCCAGUUCAAGGACGUCACAUCGGGUAUCUUCAAGGAUAUCCCCCGCAACGAGCUCGUCAUGCGCAUCCAGCCUAACGAGAGCGUCUACAUCAAGAUGAACUCGAAACUUCCCGGCCUCAGCAUGCAGACCGUUGUCACCGAGCUGGACUUGACAUAUCGCCGCCGUUUCUCUGACCUGAAGAUCCCCGAGGCUUACGAGUCGCUGGUCCUCGACUGUCUCAAGGGUGACCACUCCAACUUUGUCCGCGACGAUGAGCUUGAUGCCAGCUGGCGCAUCUUCACACCCUUGCUGCACUACCUGGAUGACAACAAGGAGAUUGUCCCCAUGGAGUACCCCUAUGGAUCCCGUGGCCCUGCAGUGUUGGACGACUUCACUUCGUCCUACGGUUACAAGUUCAGUGAUGCCAGUGGCUACCAAUGGCCCACCUCGACUACUCAGCAGCAGAACAACAACAACAACGGCGGCGGCAACAAGCUUUUUGUCCACCGCGUGAUGCCAGCUGUCGUCGAUAUGGACAAUGGCAUUCAGAAUGGCGCGCGCACCGACCAUGAUCGGAAUUCGAGUGCGAACGGUGUCAACGGCAUAGUGAAAGCGCCGGCAGGGCACAAUGUCGCUACCGAGGAAGCAGGACAGGGCAAGGCGAAGGAACAAGGUUCAGAGGAGCCUGCAAAUGAUGCGCAACCAGCAAGGAUGAACAACCUGCCCGAAGAGAUUGCGCAUGUUACCGAGGGGUUCAUCCCUUUAUCUGUGCUUUUGACACGCCUGGCGCAGCGAUCGCACAACGAGCUGCAGCAUGGCAUCACAACUUUUGCCGAUAUGCCUCAGGAGAACUACAUGAAACACAAGGCGAUCUUGGAAUUUGCGCAGGAGCAGCAUGAGCGAUGGGUCAAGGCACUCGUCAUCACGGACUGGAGUAAAAAGGCUGAGGUGGUCAGCAAGCUGAUCGAUCUGCGUGCUCACAUGAAUCACCAGCAGUUUCUCUACGACUCUGCGUUGGAUGAAGUUGUCAACCUGAAGAGGAAUCUCGCCUUUGCUCGCAUACCCAGCCCCGACUUGAAGACGGCACUCCAGGUUUUGUCCACGGGCUCGGCACCAUGGAUGCCCGACGUUGACUACAUUGAGCCACCGCAACUCGGCCCCGAGGACCAGCUCAAGUGGCUCAACGAAUUGAAUACUCUCCUUUCACUGCGGCUGAACCUCGAAGAAUUCGACCGGAUCCCGCCACAGUUCAGAGAUUACACCAUCGCUUCGGGGAGGGUGACUUUUAAGGUGGAGGGGGAGUUCGAAGUGGAUCUGACGGUUGCUGAUGAGGAUCCUGAGCGACAGUUCUGGUUCAUCGAUUUCCGAUUCGCAUAUCAGCCAGCCCCGGCAAUUGUGCCGGAAACCGUUCUGUCUCAUCUAGAGGCCAAUGUCAACAUGGCGUUGAACCGGGAUGGCUUGGCGGGGUGCUAUCAAUUCUUGCACGAAUUCGUCUUGACCUGCAAGAUCAAUGAGCUUAAGCGACAGGCACUACUCUUGGAAAAGACAGCGUGGACCGGCACGCUCAAAGUCGAGCCACUACACAGGGCUUUGGCGAUCCAGUACUGGGCAACGCGCUUACCGCCCAAGUGCUCAAAGAGUUGGCUUCUGAUUGCAGUCCACAGCGACAAGAAGGGGAAAGCCGCACCCGCAGCGGCGUCCACGAGUCACUUGGAACUGAAUUGGUACCGGGAUAACGCGGAGGUAAAAAGCGCCAAGAUCGAGGCGAACUUCAACAAACUGGAGGUUGAAACCCUUCUGAAUUCGGUCAUCAGAAGUCACAUUGACUACAUCCUCCAAGGUAUCUACGACAAGGCGUCGUCACUUCCGCGAUACGCCAACCAGGAAUGCCGCCUUGUGCGCGAGACGUCGCUCGAUGAUCCUCUCAGGUGCUCCUUGACGGCUCAGCUCACAGGUUCCGUUGAGAUGUCCCUGCACAUUGAACCAAAGUCAGGCGUGGUCGCAAUCAAGCCGCAGUCCAAGUACACCAUAGCACAAGAGCACAAGCUCAACACGCCCACCGGCCCCGCGGAGUCGACGAUCAACAACGGCAGCAGCGUCAUUGCCAGCGGGUUUACUUGUCUUCAAGAAGUGCGUUGCAAUGUCGUAGAAGAUGAAAUCGUCAGGCGAUCGUCGCCUCUGGGUUGGCAGGCGAUCCGACCUGCGCUGAAGGAUGAAGAGAUUCGUUCAAUCGUCAGGAUGCGUGAAUGGUUACGCGCGAUCUGGUUACGAAGAAGCGGUUGGCCCCAGCACUGGUACCUGGUAGCCGUCUUGAGCCAAGGCGGCGACGACUGGUGGCUGAUUCGAGCGAACGCGGAGGUCAAGGACCGCGUGCAACACUACAAGAUCAACAUGCCCAUGGGCAAAGGAGCGGCCAAUUUCUCCGAGCUGUUCUGGAAUCGUCUGACCCUGUUCACGACGGCACUAAUAUCGCAGUAUAUCGACAUGCGGACGUUGCACGCUGCUGGCGUCAAGCAUCACGCGAGUGAUAGGUCCAGCUUACCGGCAACAGCUGCCAGGCUGCCAGCAAUUGACUUGGCGCUGUCCGAUAUCUUCCCCGCAAUGGUGUAUAACUUGGCUGAAACAUCGGAAGACAAGGCUUCCACGAGCGACGUCGAACAGGAUGUCACCCGGCAAGUAACAACCAUGGCUCUCACACCAAGGCAGCCGUGGGCGAAGGACGAUGUGGUCAUGAGGUUCAUAACGGUUCAGGGACGCACAUAUGGGAGCAAACCAGACCCGGAGGACAACGAGCAGCACCUGACCUGCGUCUCGGAAGCCAUUAUCAAGGUACACCAUGGAGGCAAGCUUGGUCGCCUGGAGGGUCGGAUAGACCAAAGCACCUGGUACAGUCCCGCAAAAGGAGAAUUUGCUCUGCAACUGAGAUAUCCUUUGGGCGAAUCAGGACUGCAGCAGCUGAAGUCUCGCGUCACUGCUAUUGACCGCUUCGUUUGCUUCCUAGAAGCACUCGGACAAUGUACGAAAACCAUUGAGAACGAGCGGGUGACCAUGCGGGGCGUGUCCUUCUUCUACGCAAACCCGACUGAUGGUCAACGCAGUCAGAAGUGGCGCGUUGUGAUGGACUUGUCCAAGGACCAAGUUGAAAUUGCGCUUGCCGCGGGCAAUCCUCAUCUGCGCGUGCUGAACUAUCUCAGGAAGUUGGUCAAUAUUGAAGGGGGCAUCAAGACUUUGAUGAUCUGGCUUCCGCAGUCCCUGCCAGUUUUCAUGUCGCUCGAGAACAUCAAGAACGCCUGGGACUCUAUCGAGGGGAAUGGCCAGGGCCGAGCUGCAAUUUCUUGCAAGAACCUUGACUGGCUGUCCAUCUCGUAUUCCAUCAUGGGCACCGGCAGCGACGGCCAGCCGGUGAGCCGGCGACUGUCCUUUGAAGCAGUGGUCAAGCUGCGAAAGGACGGGCUCUGGUGGCACAUUCACCGCACCGGCCAUUAUCGGGCUGAGGACAGAUUUGGCAAGGCGUUGGAACCUGUGUUCGGUCAAAGCAACGGCGACUGGAUAGGGAUGGGCACUAGUGCUGCCGGCAAAGUCUCACCAGGAGCAGCCAUGCUGUUCGACAAGAUUGACGAGAUUGUCAAGGGGCUUGUUGGCCAAUUGCAAGGCGACGAAGGAUUCGAGCCUCCGCCGCCUCCUCAGGUCCAGCAGCGACCGGUGCAAGAGCAGCGGCAACAACAACCACCACCGCCGCCGCAGCAGCAGCAGCAGCAACGGCAGAGCGGACAGCCAGUGCCACCGCAAGUGACGCCUGUGCCGAUCCCGCAGGUGCCCCCCAUGGGCAAGCCGCGCAAGCCGAGCCAGACGAAGACGGGGCGAGCUCCUGACCAGGCGAUCGAAAUAGGAUGA